CAUUCAAAUGAACUUCAAUGAAAGGUGGAGUGGUCCAAAUUAGGACAAAGAGAAGGGUUAAGCUCGUUUUUUCUGCUAUUUCCGCUUGCAAAACCCUCGUCAAACCCUAGGAUUUCCUCUGACGAAAACGAAGCAGCACAUUGAAGACAUAUUACACCAUGGCUUCCUCUACUGGUACUGCAGCUGCGGCAAAACUACUAACCCCCGAAUCCAUCCGCGCCGCAGCCAAGCAAUCCGAAGGAAUCCAUCUCGUCCCUCUCUCACUACGCCGUGCUAUAAAAAAAUUCCUUCGAGAGAAGGCGAAAGUGCACAUGAAUCGAAAGGUCCUGUCGCUCUCCCAGUCCUUCAACCGGCUCAAGGAGACCAAUCUCCAGCUCUCAGCUUCUGUCUCACGUGCGCUCGUCGAGGACCCCUUCAGACCCAUCGAACACGGUGGAGCUCGGUGGAAGAUACGCUCGGCGUAUGGAGACAUUGGGUUGAAGUAUACGGAGGAGGAGACAGUUGCCUACGUUGCUUCCCGGAUGCCCUCCGUGUACUCAGCCUGCCAUCGGGUUUUCAAAGAGGUCCGCCGGAGGUUACCGGACUUCUCUCCUGUAAGUGUGCUAGAUUUUGGUGCGGGUCCAGGGUCUGCUAUUUGGGCAAUACGCGAAGUUUGGCCCAAAUAUUUGGAGAGAGUUAAUUUAGUGGAGCCAUCUAAAGAUAUGCAAAGAGCUGCUCAAAGCCUUUUGAGAGAUUUGAAAGGCUUGCCCAUUAUCCAUAGCUAUGAUAACAUUCAGGCAUUGGGCCAUAAUCUUGACAAACGUGAGAGAAAACAUGACCUCGUUAUCUCUUCUUACGCUCUUGGCGAAAUACCAUCAAUAAGUGAUAGGAUUACUAUUAUUCGCCAACUUUGGGAUCUUACAAGAGAUGUUCUGGUUCUUUUGGAGCCUGGAACUCCACAUGGUUCGAAAAUUAUACGGCAGAUGCGAUCUUAUAUUCUUUGGAUGGCUAAAAGAAAAUGCCGAAAGAGUAAGGAAUCAAAUGAAGUUCCAAGUGCCGAAAAAAGUAUUGUUGUUGAUAUUGAAUCUUCAAGAAAUGAUGCAUUUGUUGUUGCUCCAUGUUCCCAUGAUGGCCAAUGCCCCUUGGAGAAUUCUGGUAAAUAUUGCCAUUUCGUGCAAAGAAUAGAGAGGACAUCAUCUCAACGCUUAUAUAAGCGGUCUAAGGGAGAACCAUUGCGUGGUUUUGAGGAUGAGAAGUUUUGUUUUGUUGCUUUAAAGCGCGGAAAAAGGCCAGAGGAGGCUUGGCCGCUUGAUGGAAUGGAGUUUGAAACAUUGAAGGAAAAACUUGCUAAGCGGAAGCCAGAGGAUCUUAUCAUAGAUUAUGAGGAUCAAAUCGAAACCGAGAUGGAUGAAGAUUUCUCCAAUGAUGAACGGGACCUUAUCCCCUAUGCUUCAGAUGUUUCUGAGGUCACUUCGUUUCACAAGAAUGAUGAAGAUUACAACGAUGAAGACGACGAGCACGGUCGUGCUGAUCUUGGAGGCGGUUGGGGUAGGAUCUUAUACACACCAGUGCGAAGAGGUAAGCGGAUUGCACUAGAUGUGUGCAGAUCUGUAAAAAGGGAUGCAUCUGAAGGAGCCUUUGAACGGAUAAUGAUUACAAAGAGAGAGACACCCGAUCUGCAUCUCCAGGCACGCAGAUCUCUUUGGGGUGACCUUUGGCCCUUCUAAAACUUGAUCUGUAAUUUUUUUCUUAAGUUUUGUGUGGUUUGUUUGCGUGAUUUUGAAUUAUCUUAAUUUUAU